AUGGACAGGCUACCAUCAGCAGACGAGUUCAAGGCCGAGCUGGCGUCGCGCGACGAAAAGAUCCGCGAGGGCUGGAUCAAGACGAUGGAGGCGCGCAUCGUCCGCGAGGAGCUCCAAAAAUGCCACAAGGCCGAGGGCGUCAACCACUAUUCGGCCUGCGCCGACCUCGCAAAGACCUACCACAGCCUCCUCCUCGACGCAAAGGUCAAGGGAUUCCGGGAGAUUGAGCUCGCCUAG